AUGAAGCGCAAAGUCCUCCUCAUGGGCCAAUCGGGCUGCGGCAAGACCUCGAUGCGAUCCCUCAUCUUCUCCUCCUACCGUGCUGCCGACACCCGUCGACUCGGCUCAACACUUGACGUCGAGCACUCGCACGUACGCUUCCUUGGCAACCUCGUCCUCAAUCUGUGGGACUGCGGCGGUCAGCAGUCCUACAUGGACUCGUACCUCGAAAAGCAGCGCUCCCAAGUGUUUUCCACCGUCGGCGUUCUCAUCUACGUCUUUGACCUUGUCGGUGCGGAAGGAGGCGAAGAGGGCCAGACCGAGUGGGAGCGCGAUCUGCGGUACUACAAAGACUGCGUCAGCGCGUUGUAUCAGUACUCGCCCGAUGCCCGUGUGUUCUGUCUGCUGCACAAGAUGGAUUUGGUGGACAAGAGCAGGCGUGCAUCGGUGUAUAGUCAGCGAGUCAAAGAGCUGAGGCGGAAGAGUAGGGAAGUGGCCCAUGCGGCGGGGGGAGGGAAGGAAGGGUUCAGAGUGCACUGCUUCGCAACGAGUAUCUGGGACGAAAGCUUGUAUAGGGCGUGGAGUCGGAUUGUCCAGACGCAGAUCCCGAGCUUGGGCGUGCUGGAGAGGCAUCUGCAGCUACUGGCAGAUACGUGCUGUGCGGGGGAAGUGGUGGUGUUCGAACGAACCACGUUUCUGGUCAUAGCCAAGGCGGCAGGUAGCACGUCGACUGCGGGGGCGCUCAGCUCUUCGUUCGAAAGAUCCACCCUCACCUCCCCCUCGGGUGGCUUCACGUACGACGAAGAGGAAGAGGGAAUGGAAGGCUUCCGCGAUGCUCAAGGUCGGCAAACCUCCACAGCAGGCCUCGGCUCAGGCUUCGGUUCAGGCUUCGCAACCCACCACGACACCCCAGCUUCCACCACAAAACCAUCCGGGCUCGACCCGGAACGCUUCGAAAAGGUCUCGGAGCUUAUCAAGAACUUCAAGCUCUCGUGUCAGAAGUUGCCCGCUAAGUCGAGCCAGUGCGAGUUCCAAGCGGUGGAGCUCAAGGCGAGCAACUUCUCAGCGUAUAUCGACAGUCUCACCAGCAACACGUACAUCAUGAUCCUCGUCACGGAUCCGGCGGUUCAGAUGGCCAGUGUCAAGCUCAACGUUCAGUUGGCGAGGGAUCAUUUUGAACGUUUGCAGGCGAUCAAUCUUAGGUCAUAG